UUUCGUCUCCGACAAUUCCUAAGAACCUUUCGUUCUCAUUGCUCCUUAUUUGGCUCCUGCCCACAUUAACCUGCAUUGCCUCUCCCUCACUUCUUUUCCAGCCGUAUGCCAAAAGAAAGCGAGAGCAAAGAACACAAGAGAAAGGAAAGACAAGAAUUGGCUCUGUUCAUCAGAUGGCGCUAAUAGCGACCAGCUGUGCUGCCUUUGUGGCACAAAGGAGGGGAUUUUCUGUGGCGAUUACCGCCAUUGAUGUCUCAGCGAAGAAGGUCCAGGAGAAGGCAGUGAAGCUCGGAACUGCAGCCGUGGAGGACACAACGGAGGACAAGACGGCGUUCUGGGAGCCGGACCCCAAGACAGGGGACUACCGGCCGGUGACCGGCACCAAGGAGGUGGACGCGGCCGACCUGCGCGCCGAGCUGCUGAAGCAGCGGGUGCUGCAGCAGUGACUCACGCUAACAGGCCACUGUCUCCAGGUUCACGUUUGUAUGCACCAUGAUGUACAGCAAACAUAUAUUUUGAACCGAGGUAUUUUGCACAAUUCCACUAUGAAUUAAACUGAUUCCUGUAAUUCUUGGGAAUGGUUCAAGUUUGACGCGCUCUAAACAUAGUCUAUGUAUUCAAAAUUGAAUUCA